UGUACGUUGCGUAUUUCGUAUCAGCGCUUUAACAUCCCUCAAUUACAGACAGUGAAACUAUGACAGGUGCUGUGCGAUACCUUCUACACUGGACUGGACCCUUCUACCUCGGUCCAACUGGUGAGCUUCUAGGUUCGCUGGAUAAUCGUGUCUGGGUUUCAAACAAGUAGGCUACUACUGCCAAACGGCCAAUGAGGUAGAAGCGGGGCGGAGAAUAGUUGACGAUUGUACUACAGUAGGCUAUAGUACUGCAAACAGCUGUGAACGCAUCUUCUGCUUUGUACACGCGUUUCUCUCCUCUGGUCAAUGGAUUACACAGUGUCCCUACAAGUGCAACAUCAGCUGACGGUGUUCCCGACUCACUUGUACCAGGGUUACAGUUUGGAGUUACAGAUGAAGUCUACAGAAGUGGACCAAGGGCUUUUCACAGACACCUACUGCAAAGUGUGCAGCGCUCAGCUCAUCUCUGAGUCCCAGAGGGUUGCCCACUACGAGAGUCGGAAACAUGCCAAUAAAGUACGACUGUAUUACAUGCUGCAUCCCGUGGAUGGAGGCUGCCCAGCUAAAAAACUCAGAACAGACAAUGGCAGUGAUGAGGGAGACGUGGACAAGAACAAAUGCUGCACUCUCUGUAACAUGUCCUUCACCUCGGCAGUGGUGGCACAGUCACAUUACCAGGGUAAAAUCCAUGCAAAGAGACUAAAGCUGCUUCUGGGAGAACAGCCUGCCAUCACAGCCAAAGAGGUGCCUCCGAGUCCAGUGGAAACCACCCCUGUGACCUCUCCUCGGCAGCGCAGGGACUCAGAUCGCUACUGCCAGCUAUGCAACGCUUGGUUCAACAACCCGGGCAUGGCACAGCAACACUAUGACGGCAAAAAGCACAAGAAGAAUGCAGCUCGUGCCGACCUCCUGGAACAGCUGGGGAAGACAUUGGACAUGGGGGAGAUGAAAGGUCUGAAACGUAGCUAUACGUGUGAAGUCUGCAGUGUCACACUCAACUCUGUGGCACAGUACCAUGCACAUCUGCAGGGCUCAAAGCACCAAAACAACCUGAAGAAUCAGAUAUGUGUCCAGUGAAUCUUGAAGAACAAAAAAAAAACGUUGGAUUGAUGUCAGACAAGCUGUCCAGCUUGCCCCAAUUUUUCUGCCUCUGCCCUGCUUUCUCUCUCUACCACACACACUCACACAUACACACGCACAGACACACAAUCUCUCUAUCUCUCUCUCUCUUUCUGUCUCUGUUGUGGUCCUUCUGCAAUACAGUAGGAGAACUAGUUGUUUUUUUGUAAAGGUCCAUCUCCACAGCAUCUGUCUUACCAGUGAAUUUAAAGUGUAUGCAGAACUCUUCUCAUUUUGGCCUUGUGAUCAAUAUUCUACAAAUGUUUCAUUCCACAUCAACAGAAUCUCAGUACCUUUAAAGACAAUGGUUCAAGAGCAUAACAGUGGAUCCGACAAAGGGGGUGGUCCUCUAAAUGUACGAAGAACCAAACCAGUUGUGAGUGGUUAGAGAGAGAAAGACUCAAUGGCAUUUUGACUCAAGUAAUAAUGUUUUUUUUUUAAAUCUAUUUAACUCUAAAACAUAUUAUGUAUAAGAAAUAACUUAUAUAUAAGUAAUAUAUUGUUUUGAUUCCAUUUAUUUUUUACUAAUUGUUUUCCUUUUUUAUUACAAUGAUAGAAUAACUACAUUGAUUAGGUAUAUGCUUUGUAUUCCCAUCAAAUCUCACAGUAACAUAAUAUCCCUGGUGGACAACAGAGUUUGUUGGCCAAUAAUAAAGAGUCCUGGAAGAGUCCCUGUAGGUUGGGGAUCUAUGUUGUCAGUGUUCCAGGUGUAAACAUGUGUUCUCUCUUCCUACAUAUGUUAUGGAAGUUCAAUUGUGGUCUUCGUCUCAGGGAGGUCCCAUUGAUUCAAGUCAUGAGUCAUGACUUCAUUUUCACUGAGUUUAUUCAUAUAUAGCCUUUUAGAAUGUGUUAGUAUUACAACCAAUUACAGUCGAUUUGAAUCAAACCAUGUUAUUCUGUAUUGGUGUAAAGCAUUGCUGUUAUGAUAAUGAUGAUGAUGAUGAUGUCUUAUUAUGAAAUGGAAAGUAUUUAAAAAGCUAUCCAACUUCAAUAUACAACCUUAUUUCAACCUUCUGUAGCAACCUUUUCAUUCUAAUAUGUUAUUAGAACAUUACCGCUAUGUCAUGACAGUGGUUGCUGUUGCCAUAUACUUAACCAGAUUUUGGUGGUAAAAGAGAUAAUUAACAAGCAGGUGUUCUGGUUUGAAUUUAUGUUUGUUCUUACUUGUUGUGGAUUAAACUAUUUAUUUGUAAUUGGGAAAACAUAAUGUGUCUGCAUACAGAUACAAAAUACAAGUUAUUUAUUAUUCAGUCAGUACAGUGCUGUCAGUGUCUGUCGACAGGAAAUAUGUGUUUGAUCAAUAGCCAUGAUAAAUGUUUAAAAGGUAUUUUUGUGCUAACUUUAUAAUAAUUGAUCUGUUUGUUUUGAAAUGAGAAAUGUCUGGAAUUGUUACACAAAUUUAAACCAAUCAUUCUUCUACCUUUUUUAUUUUUUAAGAAUACUUGAACAGUUUUUUAUUUACUCCUUACACUGUAAGAAAUAACAAAAACAAAAAAAAGCAUUUUCAUGCAUGUUUGAGAGAUGGAGAGAGAAAUUCUAAAACAAAACAAAUGAUCCAAUCUGAAUAUCAACUGAAACUAGCUCCACUCAGAGCAUUCUAUGUUGUGAGGUGCCACAGGCAAAACAUAAAAUAAUGUAUAAGUGUUUUAAUAUUGGAAACAACUGAAUAUGUACUCUGUGCUCAUAUUAUUUACUAAAUAACGCAACUCUCCCAUCAACUGAAUUGCUUUGCUCAGCCCAAGAUAUGAUGUUACAUUCUGCCCAACUUUGCAUUGGAUCUAGUGUCUCUCCCUCGAUCUCCAGAGGAGCUCCACCUCUCAUACACCCUUAUUCCCUUUGUGCUCUCUCUCUGAGUUGUGUACACUACUGUGUCUAAAAAAUAAUUAAAGACACGUGCAACUGUACUAUUCCACCUGUCCAGUCCUGUUACUUUAUUCUGUUUUCCUCAAACCAAGAAUUAUUCCCGAAGUCCAAUUUGAAUGUACAUUUUAUAUGGUUGAAUGAAGAUCCAAAGACUUCCUA